AUGUCGCCGUCGCCCGUCAACACCGACAAGCUGCCAACCGGCACAGCGCUGAGCCUGGCCAUUGAGUCAUCGGGCAGGCGCGUGCGCAUCAGCUCCGUGACAUUCUCCGCUGACUCCACCAUCUCUAGCACGCAGACCCAGGUGCUCAUGCCUGCUGCCAAUGUGUCGCAGAGCGCACAGGCGCUGUUUGAGUACAUUUCUUUGGCCAUUGCCGAGUUCAUCAUCAACCAUGAUCUGGAGACUGAGGCAUAUGCGAAUGCGCUGCCAUUGGGCUUCACCAUCGGCUUUCCAGUCACCAACUCGUGCGUUGACGAGGCAACCAAGGAGGACUCGCUGGAUCUGCAUAGCCUGAAUGUUGCGCAGAUGCUGGCGUCGGCGGCGGUGCGCCACCACCUGCCGGCCUCGGACGAGGUUGCAAUCAACACUGAGCUCGGCCGUUUCGGCUCGUCUUCCGGUGCUCUGCCCCAGACCAUGUGGGACCGCCGCAUUGACCGCGAGUCGCGCAACCCUGGCCACCAGGCAUUCGAGAAGUUGGUUGCCGACCAGUAUCUGGGCGAGCUUGUGCGCAACCUGAUCACUGAUUUCAUGGACAUGCAUCUGCUGUUCCGCGUCAACUGCAAUGCGCAGAAGAUCAGCACCGAGUAUGCCUUCUACACGGCCUACAUAGGCCACAUCAUGGACGACGAGUCUCCCGAGCUGCCCUCAGUCUCUGGCAUCUUUGAUGCUGAAUUUGGCAUUGCCACUUCGCUAGCUGACCGCCAGAUCAUCCGCGCCCUCUGCGAGAUCGUCGCCGCCCGUGCUUCGCGCCUGUCGGGUGCUGCGCUGGCAGCGCUGGUCCUGAAGAGCAAUGCGGCGGUCGACUGCGCCUCGAUUGCUCUCAGUGGCGCCCUGUUCGAUAUGAACCACAAGGUCUACGAGCACACCAUUGCCACGCUGCAGGAGCAGCUGACGAUGCGCGCCUCGGCUACUCAGCCCAAUGUCUGCUUCCAGCGCCGUAACUCGGAUCUGCUGGGUGCGGCUGUCAACGCUAUCCGUGUGUGAGGUUGGGAAGAACAGAAAAUAUCUGCUUCCUU